CUCCGUCUAUACACCGGCCAUGCUUAUCAUGGAGUCAAGAAUUAACUUCCAUAGAUUUCAUGAGAGAGUUGGAUAGGAGAAUAUACGUAGCGUUGUAACAGCCACAGCGAGUAUUGAUAGAUCGCGAGCUCUAUACAAGCCUGAGCUGCCGACCGAUCUUUGACAAGUCGGCUGUGUGCCUGCUUCACAGUUAAAACGUAUUGAAGUUACUGAAACAAUGCUAGGUCGCUAUGAAAGAGGGCCCUUUCCUUUUCCCUGGUUCUUCUUGAAUCGUUCUAUCUCAGUUGUUAUCGGAAGUGUACUACACCUACCAUGGGGAUUCGUGUAAUACUGUACUAUUUGCUAUUCAGCUUUAUCCAAAGGAGUUACCCACAUGUGAUUAUAAAACAACGAGGACAGAGCACCAUACCCACUAGGUAUGGCCAUGUGAGAGGGGUGUUGGUGGAACUACCCGUCAAACCCCCGGGCGCCAGCUUACAAAAUGUGGAGGCGUAUCUCGGUUUGCAAUUUGGUUUUUUAAGGUCCGAUAUUUUACGGUUUAUGGCCCCUAAGGGUCCAGUGGAUACGUGGAGAAAUGUGAGAUAUGCAGACAAUUAUUCGGAACCGUGUCCUCAAAAAAAGUUUAGUCGGAAGGAACUGAGGAAGUUUUUACCAAACGGAACUAUUGAGCAUAUACACCGUGUGUCACAGUUCAUAAACAAUACGUCAGAGGAAUGUUUACAUCUCAACAUCUAUGUUCCGACGAAAAACAAAUCGCAAAAUGAAGGAGGACACGAAAAAGCCAUGGUAUAUGAGUUUUCCCUGUUAUUGCUGCUUAUCGACGACAAGGACAGUAAACAGAUUGUGAGGCCCAUUGUCUGGCAAAUUUAGCCGAGUCCACCAAUGAUUAUAAGAAAAGAUGCAAACAACACAAGAACUGCUCUUCAGGGAAAUCAACACCUUCCAAACACGUAAUGGUAGACAUACAGGCUACAUUUUCUGUGGACUAUCUACACAAUAUACAUCAUUGUGUUUUAACAUUCUUUUAUAAAAAAGGAUGUGUCGUUGAAAUUCAGAAACUUACUCAAGUUGAUAAAACAAUAGUUGUUCCACUAUUUGUUUGUACGAGUCCGUAUAUAGUAAAUAUAGUACAAUACUAUUUUGAUAAAAUUUGUUUUUGUGCGUCCAUACGAUAGAGCAUAUCGAUAACAGUUUGUAGACAGUAUGAUAUGAGUAUCUGGUACACAUUUCGUACUCUUUAAAAGUGCACAUCUGAUUAAAGUCAUUAAGACUGGAACAGAUAUCAAAAAAGACAUAAUUGCAUUUUUGGAUUUAACCUGAAU